AUGAUCAGCAAGUGUCGUUAUGGGACAAGACUCCGGGUUAUGAUGGCGAUACUUGUGAUCACAUGUUUGUGCUUUCAGCACGUGAAAGGCUCUUGUCUGAGCUAUGGACACUCCUGUUGGGGAGCACACGGCAAACGAGGUGGCCCACCGAAACGUGCAGUUUCGAAUGAUGCUCCAGCAUCGUUGGUUUUUCGUGGGUUACCUGCUCCGGACCAAACCAACAAUCUUCCUUCUAUUCUAACCGCCGCUGACCGGUGGGCUUUGGUCAGGGUUCUCCCGAACAAGAACCCAUACUAUCCAUUUGGCAAGGUGAUGCAUCCUUCGCCACCAUUAGCGGCGGCACCGUUUUACUUUACCGACGAUACGGACGCAAUCGAAACAGAUUCGCUACAGGAAGCAAGCACUAAACUUGCAGCUAGAUCGGCGGAAGCAGGCAAUGACUCUAACAAACAAUCACUAACAUCACCUGAAUUGGGUCUCGUGUUAGGAGAUGAGCGGCAACUCCUCACAUCCAGUAGACCCGCAGCUACUCGCCGUCGGGAUCAUGGUCGCAGCAAGAAGCCUUCCAUGGCCACACGCACUCCGUAUGCCACCGUCGACGCCAGCUACGACGACAGUCCCACUGCGGACCGGUUGAUGGCAUCGACCGACGAGGAAAUAGGACAAAUGUUGCUGCUAGAUGCGGCCGCAGCUGCCGCUGCUGCAGUGCCGUCGGAUUCUGAUGGCUCAACUGGCUCGUUCACUCGGAAACUGCUUAGUACAAGUUCCAAAAAUGGAGCAUCGAUGAGCGCCUGAAAUCUUCGAUAAAAAAAUUUAGUCGAUUUUUGUCAAUCAGGUCUGGAACAGAUCCCACUCUGUCUGGGUUUCGGAGGAAGAUUUUAUUUUUCUUACCAUGUCUGCUAAUUCCGUUAGUUAUUCUCAUUCUUUUAAAAUUAUUAUACCUCUGUAAUGGACCUGUCGAAGGCUCGUAAUCAUACUCUACGGGAGAUCGAAUCUUCGAGGGAAAGUUAGUGCAGCACCAUUGCAGACGAUUAAAAGUAUCUACUUUUAUGAGCCAGGAUUGCCGUUGGUGGAUUACUGUAAGCCCAUAAUCGGGUGCUAAUGUUGACUUUUAUCGCUUACUUCACUAUCGCGUCAAACGCACACCUUACGGACCCGAAGUGAUAGCGCAAACCCUGAAAUGACAAUCUAUCACCAUAGAUGAAUAUUGCCAAACUUAACUGCAAUUUGCACAUGGCUGGAUAUUUAGCGACGUUCAUCGAUGGCUGGGAUGGUGAUAGAAACUCAUUUCCUUCGCCAAAUUUGGCGCCAACAUCACUUUCUUGGUCAAAUAUUCCAGACGUUAUACCAACAAGAAAGUAAAGUUUAUCAAACACGAUUCGUGGAAGACUAUCUGUUCAAAUGACGUAAAGGGUUUUUUUGCGUCGUGGAUUUUGUGCAAAAUUAUCCUGGAAUCCUGCGCAUAAUACAGGAAAGAAGAAAGAAACAGUGAAAUAGGGACACACGAACUUCCAUAAUUUUCCUCAAUUUGUAUAUAAAAAAUAGAUUAUAAGAGCGAGUUAUACAACAGAUAAAUAUGGAUGUAAAAUAAAUUAAAGUCAAUGGUUAAA